AUGAGUCCUUUACCACCGGAUCCCUACAAAAUUCUGGGUGUCUCUAAGGAUGCUCAGAUCCCUGAAAUCCGGUCUGCCCACCGCAAAUUAGUUCUCCAAUGCCACCCCGACAAGGUGCAGGAUCCUAAGCUCAAGGCUGAAAAGGCGGAUCAGUUCCAACGCGUUCAGCAAGCCUACGAACUGUUAACAGACGAUACGGAACGCCGCAAGUAUGACGACAAGGCCAAGGUAGAGGAACUCCGCAAGCAAGUACACACCAAGGUGCAUAUAUCUACGCCUCGCCAGUCAUCCAGACACAAUAGCGCCGACUUCGACGCACGCACCCCCAGCCGCUACCCCAGCCGCUCUGCCGCGGACUCGCCACCAUCUGCAGCCCGAAUGUACUCAUAUACCGCUACCGCUUAUUAUGAUGACGAGUAUAUGCAUGGCGCCCGCAUAUUUGAAACAACUCGGUCAUCAAAACGCGAAUACUCCGACAAGCCCUCUAAGCGCGAUAUGGAGAAGGAAAAGGAUCGAGAGAGGCGCAAGGCACGCGAGGCGCGUGAAGCGCGUGAGGAAGAGGAACGCCGCAUCGAGAAGCAGGAACGGAGAGAGCGAGCCCAACAGAAGGAGACUCAGCGCGCAGAAAAGGAAGUCAAGCGUAUGGAAAAGCGUAAGAAGGACAAGGUCCGCUCCAAGGAUAUCAAACGCGAGAGCGAGGACAAGUACACUCGCUACUCCAAGUUGUCUGACGAAGGAGAAGACAUUGUCACUUCGAAGCCUGAGCGCAAGCGCUCGUCUGGGCCGAUCAACCCAAAGAAGUACGACGAUGAGUAUGAACGCCACAGGGAUGAGGCUGCUCGCCCACCCCCAGUUGCUAGACCCUCUAUGACGACGCGAGGCUACAGCAACGUCGAGACGCAGGCAAAAUACAAAGCUGAGAUAGCUACGAGCUACAUUGCCAAAACCGUUAAGCGCUCCAACUCAUACGCUAACACACAUAUGCCUCCUCCUCACGCGCCUACUCCUCCGACCCCUGCCAAGGCGUCGGCGUAUCCACCUCCUACAGUAGAGGAUUACGUGCCUAGCGAUGAGGAGAUUCGUCGAUCAUCUGCUCGCCGCGGAUCUGCUGGACUAUCCCGAGAGCGAUCUACGUACCGCAAAUCGUCGCGCGAUGUUUUGGACGACCCGAUCCCCGCAAGCUCGUCCCCCGCCGCCCGCAGCAUUCCCUCGCUGAGAAAGGCAGCCGCUGGCACUACUGCUCACAUGUCAAGCUCACCUCCUUGGGAGCUCCCUCGCUCUCAGACUAUGCCUGUGGGUGUGGCGCCCCCCCGCGGCCCUCCCACGCGCUCCAACACAGAUGUGCCCAACCGAGGUCGUUACCGUACGCGAUAUGAUGUGCCAGGUGAAGAGGAUUCAGAUGACCACGAUCGCCGCGCCGAUCGCAAAUCUCGCCGCAGCCGCCGAACACACUCGCCUGAGCAGAUCGAGACACGCUAUCAGGUUGAGGGAGACCGCACCUAUGUUGUCAAUGGCUUUACUGAGGAUUACCAUUUUCCGCAUAUCCACGUCUCGGAGACACGUCAUCCCCAUUACCACCGCGACACCGGCUACUCGAGCUCUCCCAGCAUGAGCAAGUACCACAAAAUUCACUAUUCUGAUUACGGUGAGAUGUACCAGCAGCGAGCAGCGAUGCCCGCCGCAAACUAG